UCUCGCGGUCUAGGGAUAGUUUACUUUAGACUGAUUUCAUCUCAGGACUGGAAGACGCUAUCAGAAGGUAGCUAUAUACUUACAGUUGCUGUCAACAAGUUUAGUCGCAGGACCAGGAUAGUCGUCCCAGACUCUGGUGUUUUCCUGCUCCCAGUGUCCUCUCUCCUUCACUGCCCAGAUCUACCCCGACAAGCACAUUAAGAGGUGCCACCAUGACCUGUACGUCUCUCUGCUGAGGAGUGGAGAGAUCAGACCAGAGACUCUGUCCUCUCGACCACGCCCCAACACCACUUCUUCCCUCCCCCCAGUCCCCGCCGAAGGGAGCAUGGACACGGAAAAGGCCAGACAUCACAACUGUGACCAGUGUGGGAAGAGCUUAGGACACUUAGAGACACACCAGCGUGUUCACUCAGGAGAGAAGCCAUACCACUGUGACCAGUGUGGGAAGACCUUCAGUUGGUCAGGAGUCUUAAAGAGACACCAGCAUGUUCACUCAGGAGAGAAGCCGUACCACUGUGACCAGUGUGGGAAGAGCUACAGUCGGUCAGGAAACUUAGAGAGACACCAGCGUGUUCACUCAGGAGAGAAGCCGUACCACUGUGAUCAUUGUGGGAAGAGCUUCAGUCAGUCAGGAAUCUUAGAGAGACACCAGCGUGUUCACUCUGGAGAGAAGCCGUACCACUGUGACCAGUGUGGGAAGAGCUUCAGUCAGUCAGGAUGUUUAGAGAUACACCAGCGUGUUCACUCAGGAGAGAAGCCGUACCACUGUGACCAGUGUGGGAAGAGCUUCAGUCGGUCAGUAGUCUUAAAGACACACCAGCGUGUUCACUCAGGAGAGAAGCCGUACCACUGUGACCAGUGUGGGAAGGGCUUCAGUCGGUCAGGAGACUUAGAGAGACACCAGCGUGUUCACUCAGGAGAGAAGCCGUACUCCUGUGACCAGUGUGGGAAGAGCUUCAGUUGCUCAGGAGUCUUAAAGAGACACCAGCGUGUUCACUCAAGAGAGAAGCCGUACCACUGUGACCAGUGUGGGAAGAGCUUUAGUCGGUCAGGAAACUUAGAGAUACACCAGCGUGUUCACUCUGGAGAGAAGCCGUACCACUGUGACCAGUGUGGAAAGAGCUUCAAUUGGUCAGGAGACUUAAAGAGACACCAGCGUGUUCACUCUGGAGAGGAGCCGUACCACUGUGACCAGUGUGGGAAGGGCUUCAGUCGGUCAGGAGACUUAGAGAGACACCAGCGUGUUCACUCGGGAGAGAAGCCGUACCACUGUAACCAGUGUGGGAAGAGCUUCAGUUGCUCAGGAGUCUUAAAGAGACACCAGCGUGUUCACUCAGGAGAGAGGCCGUACCACUGUGACCAGUGUGGGAAGAGCUUCAGUCGGUCAGGACACUUAGAGAGACAUCAGCGUGUUCACUCAGGAGAGAAGCCGUACCACUGUGACCAGUGUGGGAAGAGCUUCAGUCGGUCAGGAGUCUUAAAGAGACACCAGCGUGUUCACUCAGGAGAGAAGCCGUACAACUGUGACCAGUGUGGGAAGAGCUUUAGUCGGUCAGGAAACUUAGAGACACACCAGCGUGUUCACUCAGGAGAGAAGCCGUACCACUGUGAUCAUUGUGGGAAGAGCUUCAGUCAGUCAGGACACUUAGAGAGACAUCAGCGUGUUCACUCAGGAGAGAAGCCGUACCACUGUGACCAGUGUGGGAAGAGCUUCAGUCGGUCAGGAGUCUUAAAGAGACACCAGCGUGUUCACUCUGGAGAGAAGCCGUACCACUGUGAUCAGUGUGGGAAGAGCUUCAGGUUAGGGUUAAGGUUCAAUCAACACCAGCGUGUUCACUCAGGAGAGAAGCCAUACCACUGUGACCAGUGUGGGAAGACCUUCAGUUGGUCAGGAGUCUUAAAGAGACAUCAGCGUGUUCACUCAGGAGAGAAGCCGUACCACUGUGACCAGUGUGGGAAGAGCUUCAGUCGGUCAGUAGUCUUAAAGACACACCAGCGUGUUCACUCAGGAGAGAAGCCGUACCACGGUGACCAGUGUGGGAAGGGCUUCAGUCAGUCAGGAGACUUAAAGAUACACCAGCGUGUUCACUCAGGAGAGAAGCCGUACCACUGUGACCAGUGUGGGAAGAGCUUCAGUCGGUCAGGAAACUUAGAGAUACACCAGCGUGUUCACUCAGGAGAGAAGCCGUACUCCUGUGACCAGUGUGGGAAGAGCUUUAGUUGCUCAGGAGUCUUAAAGAGACACCAGCGUGUUCACUCAGGAGAGAAGCCGUACCACUGUGACCAGUGUGGGAAGAGCUUUAGUUGGUUAGGAGUCUUAAAGAGACAUCAGCAUGUUCACUCAGGAGAGAAGCCGUACCACUGUGACCAGUGUGGGAAGAGCUUUAGUUGGUUAGGAGACUUAAAGAUACACCAGCGUGUUCACUCAGGAGAGAAGCCGUACCACUGUGACCAGUGUGGGAAGAGCUUCAGUCGGUCAGGAGACUUAGAAAGACACCAGCAUGUUCACUCAGGAGAGAAGCCGUACUCCUGUGACCAGUGUGGGAAGAGCUACAGUUGCUCAGGAGUCUUAAAGAGACACCAGCAUGUUCACUCAAGAGAGAAGCCGUACCACUGUGACCAGUGUGGGAAGAGCUUUAGUCGGUCAGGAAACUUAGAGAUACACCAGCGUCUUCACUCUGGAGAGAAGCCGUACCACUGUGACCAGUGUGGAAAGAGCUUCAAUUGGUCAGGAGACUUAAAGAGACACCAGCGUGUUCACUCUGGAGAGAAGCCGUACCACUGUGACCAGUGUGGGGAGAGCUUCAGGAAAUCAGUAAACUUACAGAUACACCAGCGUGUUCACUCAGGAGAGAAGCCGUACCACUGUGACCAGUGUGGGAAGAGCUUCAGUCAGUCAGGAUACUUAGAGACACACCAGCGUGUUCACUCAGGAGAGAAGCCGUACCACUGUGACCAGUGUGGGAAGAGCUUUAGUUGGUCAGGAGUCUUAAAGAGACACCAGCGUGUUCACUCAGGAGAGAAGCCGUACCACUGUGACCAUUGUGGGAAGAGCUUUAAUCGGUCAGGAAACUUAAAAACACACCAGCGUGUUCACUCAGGAGAGAAGCCGUACCACUGUGAUCAGUGUGGGAAGAGCUUCAGUCAGUCAGUAAUCUUAGAGAGACACCAGCGUGUUCACUCAGGAGAGAAGCCGUACCACUGUGACCAGUGUGGGAAGAGCUUCAGUUGGCCAGGAGUCUUAAAGAGACACCAAUGUGUUCACUCAGGAGAGACCAAUUUAUAGGAACAUAAGAAAUGAGUGUAUUUGUAUUCAUCAUUUAAAGUAUAAUUGUAAAUACGAUAUUUGAUUUCUACUGAGAAUGUAUUUUGUAUACAAAUGUCAACAUAAAAUACAGGCUAUGUGCGAUUGUUUUAUUGUUUAAUAUAUAAUUGUAUAAUAAAAAUUAAUUUUGUAUAAGUUGAUAUAUAUUUAACUUUUAAACAUAAACUGAAAUAACAUGCAAUGUUAUGUGAUGUAGACAAUACUAAAAAAUAUCUGUUCAUGUCUGAUCUAUACUGUGAGCAUAAUGUUAUCGUACCUCAAGCCUC